CUAUUGUUGGAAUUUUGCGGAUUCUGUCCCAGCAGAUUACCAAGGCUUCUGUUGCCAUGGCGACAGGGAAGGGACGCCCUCCCGUGCUCUGGAUUAGGACUGAUUGCCCUGGAGUCCGGCUACAUGUCUUACCAGGACGCGGUCGGAGUCGUUUUGGGUGUCCUGGUCGUGCUGCUUUGCGAUGGGCUCGUUUGUGAACUUCUCCCUGAGUUGUAUGUAUCUGAUAAUGGAACUUCGGGCUUGGCAGGUAUUGCAGAGACAUCACCUGAUGAAGACAUGGAGCCUAUUUUUGUCCAUGUUGGUGCCCAGAAAGUCACAGUACCCUGCAAGCCUGCAAAGAUGGAUUUUGUGAUUGGUGUGAAUCCCACCUACAGCUGGACACGAGAAGAUGGAGAAACCUCCUCUGUCAGUGGUGAUGCUUUUCUUACUCUACCUAAGUUUCAUGCUGACGACAGUGGACACUAUGCCUGCACUGUCUCCUUCCAAAAGGAAGGCCAGACGUAUACCAAGAAUUUUUAUCACACAGUGGUGGGCUAUCAUAUACGUGGAGAAUUGCAGGUCCUACUGAUUUUUCAGACCAGCUCCUGUGACAAAUCAUUGACAAGUGGGUUCAUGAAAACCUUGUAUGAGCAUCUGAGUCAAGUGGUGGCCCAUCUCCAUUGUGAGCUCCUACCAGGAAACAGCACCUGCUUCCCCACCUUAGAGAAACCCUUGGAUGAGUUCAACCUCCAAGUAGAGCUGAAAGUAUCUCCCUUUGGGAAGGACUGGGAUGAGUCCUGCUCCUCCAAGAUGGAUGCUUUGUCCUUAGGAUGCUAUCGCUCAGCUGUCCAGACAAACCUGCAGCAGGCCAAGGAAGCAAUAACCAAAUUCAUGGAAAAGAACAAACGCUUCCCCCUAGGAGAAUCAGUUGCCCCCCAAGACACCUUUGUCAAUACCUUUUUCAGCUUCUUGGAGGGUGGAAAAUGCCAGAGAGGUUAUGGACAGACACAGGAGUUACAGGCACACUGUCCCGACUGCUGUAGUGAGUGGAGCAGCCUUGUGCCCUCCUGGAACAUACAGUGAAGCCACGGUUGAUAACUGUGUCCUCUGUCCAGUUGGGAGUUACAGCCCACACUACGGGGCCACCAUCUGCAAUGUGUGUCACCACAACUGGCUGACUGUGCAUCCCGGUGCCAGAAGAGCUGGGGACUGUAGGAGUAUGAAAGGUAUGUGAAGGUGAAGGUGAAGGUGGGGUGGAAAUAUGUUCCAAAGAACUGGGGUUUUACUUCCUUAGAGGCCAUUUGGACUUUUUGGCAGGAGUUCUUGGAGUACCAGACACUGAGAACCAAGCUAGAUGUGAUAUUGAUUGUGUCUUUGUAUUUAACAGGUAGGAUUAAAAAUGUAAACAACAUAAUUUGUGGGACUAAAACUUUUCAGGAUUGCUGCUGGCUUGGAGGAGGCAAUAUAACUCUUUUCCUCCCUGCUAUGGUGCCAGUGGGGGAUUACCUCCCAAUGCAAAUACCAGUUUAAGAGGGGGGAUUUUCCCUUGUACCACAGUGGGGGAGGAAAAGGUUGUAUGUCACAGUCAUUUUUAGCACCUAGAGCUGAUGGUGUUUACAUUUUUUAAAAAGUUACAUGCAAAGACAUAUUUAAAGUUGCAUUAAUUCAUCACUGAGUUUCCUAUUAACUUGCCCUGUUAAUGGUACAAACUAGAGGAAGAAAUAAGAGAUAGUAUUUCAGGGUUCUCUACAAAAGGGUGUGGUGAGUAAAUCAGAAGUUUCCAAGGACUAGGACU